AGUCAAAAAGAUUGAGAGGAUCAUUCAGAGGAAAGUCAAGAGAAGGUUACAAACCAAAUAAACUAAGAAAUGAAGACAGAAAUUUUAAUAACCAAAAAGGAAAUUUUAGAGGAAAAACCAACUUCAGAAGAAAAGAAGAAGAAUCAGAAGACAAUCAGACAAAGAUAGUAGAAAUUCUAGAAGACGAAGAAAUAGAAGUUCCAAGAAAAAUUCAAUCCUCAAAAGAAAAAGGAAGGAAAUAUGAAGAAAAAGUCAUUACAGAACUAAGAAGCAAAGGAAUACAG